GGAACAGCCAUUUAGAUAAUGGCGACGAUGUAAACCCGGCAAAAUCGCACAUUGGCAUAAAUUUACACAGUCCUUAUCUUUCAGAUGCGUUAUAGAAGGGAAUAGUUAUUGCAACUAAGUCAAACUGUCUUAAAUAAAUUAUGCAGGAGGGAGGAGCCUCAGAAAAGAGUUCAGAAUCCAAAGGGCGGAGAGCUAGCCCGGAAAAGGCAAAAGACACUGAUGCAAAAACAGAACUGUCAACUCCUGUGAGUUCCUCAAAGAGAAAGCGAAAGGCACCGGCAGCAGCAGCAACACCCAGUGCAGCCGAAGUAGAGCAGAGGACACCAUUGAAGCGGCAGAGAGUACCUGUGCAGAAGUUUCAGUCACCAGCUGAGGAGAUAAUUCCAGUUCCGUCAACCUCGAAACAGAAGGACCAGGCAGAACUACUGCACAAGAAAGGAUGUUUCCUUGGAGUAAGAGGCGAAGAAGGGUCCUUUUACCUGUGUAAGACAAUACAGAAUGUAUUUGGUAAUACAAGAAAGUUCAAAAUUCAGUGGUUAGACCUAGCGGAGCCUCCAGAUGUGUACAAGUUGGACUUUGCUGAUACCACAGAUGCUGAUUGUAUACUUACAAAUGUGAAGAUGGACAGAGUGGCCAGGGACACAUACAGGUUGCCAAUAAAAGAGCAGACAAGAGUGGAAGAGAUACUUCAUAGAGCACUGAAGAAAGAACGAGGAGAACCUAUAGAGGAACUCAUCCUAAUUCCCUCGGAGUCCGAGGAUGACGAGGAGGAUGCAGAUUGGGGAGAGCAGUCACCAAAGAAGUCAAAGGCAAAGAAAUCAGUAUCUACUCCAAAAGAGAAAAAAGGAAAGCAAACAAAGCCAGAGAAAGGAAAAAAGAACUCGCCACAGAAGAAGGAGAAGACAGAAAAGAAGAAGGGUCCUGACAGAAAUCUCCAUCCCAAUCCCAAGAUCAAGGUUCUGGAUAAAGAGCCGUUCUUUGAAACAAGGGAAAAGAAUGAAUUUGUAUCAAAGUCAAAUCAAGGAAAACUUGCUAUUCGUGCUGUUCUCCUCAAUGAUAAGAAACUUCUGAAGUCGCUCAUUGAGGAUAAAGAGUGCGUCUACAAGCUUGAUGAGAUGAGGUCUGUAGAAGUCAGCAAAAAUGCUCUGCAUUAUGCUAUAGAGAAGGGAGACCAUGAAGCCAUGAAAAUGCUGAUCAAGGAUUUCUUCGGGAAAGAAAAUGAACGAAUCAAGAACGGCACACCACAGUCUGUACUGAUACAGAGCAGUGAUAAAGGAACAUAUAAUCCAAGGUCUUUGGGCGGUCUUGGUGCUAUUCGUGCAAUAUCUCAGAGUCGGGGCAGCAAGCAGGGAAAUGAUGCAUUCAUCAUGGAUCAAAACCAGGAUCCACAUGAUCUGGAAGAUUACAUGGAAGAUGCUUUGAAGCUUGGAGUAAGCAAAGAGACCCUGAAAGUUCUGGCAAAUGCCCUACCAGACCACUCCAGUGAUUGCAUGAUGCAGCGGUCUAUCAGUAACUUAUACCAGGCAGUGUUGUGUGGAAACCGCAAGUUGGCAGGUUAUCUUGUGGAGGAAGGACUGAAGGAUAGCUUCAGUGGAUUUGGAUACCUUCAUAAAGAUGUACUACUGUUUGAUAAGGAAGAAUUGAGACAAACCAUUCUGGCAGCUUCUGUAAAGAAGAAACCAUGGGAUAAUAAAUCUAUCACACCCCUCCAUUGUGCAGCCAUUAACCCAAAUGUUGCAUACUUAAAACGCUUGCUUACUGUAGAACCAAAUAUCAAUUUAGAAGAUCGUGAACAUAGAAGACCUAUACACUUUGCUGCAGUAUGUGAAGGAGUUGGCCCUCUUGAAUUCUUGUUAGAAAGAGGUGCAAGUCCACUAGAAGUUGACACAAGAGGUAUGACACCACUACACUAUGCUUGUUCUGCUGGUCGACCCAGGAAUGUUGAUAUUCUGCUCAAGAAAGCGAAGGAUGCUGCGGUGAAGCAGGGAGAUAUGGGUCACCAGAAAUGGGGUCCUGGUGGUGUGGAUAGACCUAGCAGAUCCUCAUACUGUCCUGUACAUAUAGCUGUCAGUUAUAAUCAUGCUGAUGUACUGAAGAUAUUAAUCAAGCACCAGGUAGAUGUAAAUAAAGUAUUGUCGGCAGGAAAGAACAAAAUUACCCCACUCAUGAUUGCUGCAGGCCACGGGGACAUGGAGAUCUGUAAAGUACUUGUACAGAAUGGGGCUCAUAUUGAGCAACUAGAUAAACUAAAGCGUUCAGCCCUGAUCCAUGCAGUUCUGAAUGGUAACACACAUAUAGCCUCAUACUUGUUGCACUUGGGUGCCGACCAGAACAGAUGCGACUCCUCAGGGAACUCGGUCAUACAUUAUGCUGCAGCCUACGGAUGGUUAUUCUGUCUUAAACUCCUGAAAGAGGCUGGUGCAGACCUAGGAAUGUCAAACCAAUGGAAGACCACACCCAUUGGUAUUGCAUUCUUAAAGGGCCACAUCGGUAUUGUGGAUUACCUUAUCAAACAGAAAGAUGUUGAUGUAAACUUCAAAAAUGAUGAAGGAUUAACACUGCUGAGUGUGGCAACCAGCAGUGCACUGACGCCAGGGCUAUAUGAUCAGAUCAGAUAUUUAACAGACAAGAAGGCCGACCCUACUCUAAGGGAUGCAAAUGGAUUAGAUGCACUGCAUCAUCUUGCGAGAAAUAAUGUUGCAAAAACACAGACAUACCAUCGAUGGGGAUGGCAACAACAACAGAAGAAGCGAGAAAUAGACGAGGACAAAAUGAACCUUACAGUAAAAAUUGCUAAGUUGUUACUGGAAGCUGGUUGUGACCCUACUUCAGAAACUGAAGAUGGUAAAACUGCGCUCAUGUUUGCCAUAGAACAGCUAAACAUAAAGUUGGUUGAGUUGUUAGUGGAAGCAGGAGGUACAGUGACAUCACACAAAUCUGACUCGGGUGAAACAAUUCUACAUCUGAUGGCAGAUCUCUGUAUGGAGUCAGAUCUUAGUGGUAUACUCAAAAUACUUGUUGAACAGAAUCCAAAACUGCAAGAGGCAGUGAAAGCACAAAGGAGUGCUAAGAACAAGGUUGUUAUAGAGAAUGGAGACAUUGUUGACGAUGACAAGUCUGAACCCAUGGAAGUAGUUGCUGACAAGUCAGAGAAACAAAAAUCAGACACACCUAAGGAGAACGGUUCAGGGGAUGCUAAAACAGAUGCUGUGAAUGGUAUGGAGGUAGAUGAUGUUACAAUACCCAAACUGGAAAAGAUGUCGUCUAUAGCAUCACAGGAAGAUAUUUGGCCAAUCAUGGCUACAGAACUGAAUCACGAAGGAUACACACCUCUCCUCUGGGCAUGCAAAGUUUACAAAGAUUAUAAGAAAUCUGGAGCAAUGACAGAUGAUGAUGUGAAGAAGAGCAGUGAGAAUGGAAGAAACUUUAUUCAGGCUUUGAUAGAGCUUACAGGAGCUGACGUAUCUGCUACAGUGCAGGAAAAACAUUUCCCUGCGGAAAAUCCAGUAGUGGUGAAUGAGGAGGAAAGAUACACUAUGGAUGGUAAAUCGUCAGCCUUGCACAUGUUGCUGCACGUUGGCCAUGAGGUUGUUGAAGGUUUGAACUGCGCUGGCCUCGAGCUGGUCUGUAGAUAUAAACCCAACACAGAACAUAGAAAUCUGGCGAACCAGACAGCACUAGCAUUAGCUGUAGAGUCAAAGUCACAACAAGCGCUUGGAAUAUUGAUCAAAGCUGGUGCUGAUGUUAAUCCAGUGUAUGGAACGGAGGUAACUGGAAAGUUCACACCUCUGCAUAAGGCAGCAGAUCUUUCCUCUGCCAAGAUUGUAAAGAUGUUGAUAGAAGCUGGUGCUGAUGUAAAGAGGGCAAACACUAAAACUGGGGAGCAGCCAUUAAAUCUUGCUGUUCAUUUUAGAGGUGAUGAGGCAGUUGUAAUCGAGAUAGCCAAGGUAUUGUUGGAUGCGGGGGCAGAGGUAAAUGCUGGUAAACAGACUGCACUACACACAGCUGUACUUGCCAAUCUGGGUACAUCUAACGCUAGCACAGAGCUGGAAGAGUUCCUCAUCUCUCGGGGAGCAAAUGUAUUUGCUAAAGACGAGAAAAAUAGAAUACCACUCCACUAUGCAUUCAUUUCUAAAAACAAACCAGAUUCUGUAUCAGCCCUUGACCCUAUAGAGUUGUGUAGCGUGUUAACAGAUGCUAUGCAGAACAAAGAGCUAGAUGCUAGAGAUGAGAAUGGACGGUCCCCACUUCAUCUAGCUGCCAUGAGAGGGGCAACCAUCUGUUGUAUUCAUCUUCUACAGCGAGGUGUUCCAAUUCUUGGUACAGAUACAUACGGACAUACAGCAUUAUCAUUGGCAGUAAAAUAUAAACAUGACAGCUGUGCAAUAAUGUUGCUACAGAAGGGAGCGAAAGUAGAUGCAACAAUUACCAUACCAGUAGAGAAUAAAGAUCAGAGAGAGUACCAUACCUCCAGCAUUACAUCACGAAAAGUUCCUGUGUGGAAAUGGAAACGCUCAAGAUAUGCCGAGAAAGUUACUAAACCAGAACACUUUGAUACUUACCAGGUUGCAAUAGAAGGAGAAUUACAGGGUGUGGCACACAUGGUUCUUGAUUCUUCAGGAUUUACUGGGAAGGCUAUUGAGGCUGCAUUGAAAGUGAACAAAUACCACAUCGCAUUACGUCAUCUACAUCGCAUCAAGGAUGCUGCAAUCAUCAGGGAUUACAAGAAUAAGGACGGUCAGAAUCUAUUACACAUUCUUGCUCUGGAAACAAGACCAGGAAAGGAUAAGGCCCUUCAACUCAAGGUGGCUAAAGGGCUUGUAGAGAAAGGUGUGUCAUUAACAGAUGUGGACAAGUAUAAGAGAUAUCCCUUGGUCUAUGUAGCUUUAAGACAUCAACCCAUAGAUCUUGCUAAAUUCUUCCUUGAAAGCAGUAAAGGCCUGGACUUGAACCAAAAAGAUAUUUAUGAUAGAACGGCGAUGGUUGCCCUCUUUUGGGACCAGCAGGAAAUACACAAGGAGGAAAAAUCUGAUAGAAAGUCUUACAUUAAGUUGUUGUUGGAUGCUGGUGCAAGUCUUGAUGUAGCCUACGCUGUACAAUGGCCAGAGACACCACUGUUUGAUGUAGCAAUAGCGGACUUACCGCUGGACUAUUUUGAGCCCCUGGAGCAUCCCGGACGACUCACUCCACUCAUGUCCGCUUUGUACAAUAACGACCUUGAACUUGUCCGAUUUCUCCUGAAGAAUGGAGCGUCUUCCAAUCUGCCAGAUCAAAAUGGAGUGACACCAGUAAUGCAUGCAGCUAAACUGCAUGAUGCAAAACUUGUUAAAAUUUUGCUGGACAAUGACUAUGUGAUAAAAGCAGAGAAAGAUGGUUCUAAAACAUCACUGAAAAAGAAGCUAUCUAGAGCAUUGUUUGAAAUAAAACCUGUUGGUGGGGAUGACGAUGAUAAUGAAGAUGAUAAUGAGGAUGAUGGUGAUGAUGAUGACAAUGAGAAUUAUGAUGAAGAUAAUGAUGAUAAUGAAGGUGGUGAUGGAUCUGAUGAGGGCAAUGAUGAAGAUCAGGAACCAGAAGAGGAAGAGCCUGCUGAAGAUUCUGAUCAUGAUACAGAUGUUGUAGAGGAUGAAGAAGAUGAGGAUGGUAAUGAUGCUGAUUCUCAGCAUUUACCUAUACCAAGACUGGGCUCAAAACAACCAUCGAUGAGAAAGCAGGCAACCAGUCUUCAGUCUGAUAAAGAUGAUUUUGAGGUUGUGGUAAAGACAAGUUCUGUGGACCUGACAGUAAAAGACAAGUUUGGUUGGACAGUUAUACACCAUCUAGUGUCACCACUCGACUAUGGCACUUUUGAUGAUGAGGAAAUACUGUUUGUGCUCGCCAAGGCAGGGGCCCCACUAGAUACGGAGAACAAGCAAGGAGAAACACCGCUAAAAAUGGCACUCAGAAUAGGGUCCCAGAAAGUAGCAACCAGGUUGCAGGCUUUGCUGAAUGUUGAAGAAGAUAAACAGGAGAAACCAGCCCAGCCGCCAUUCCAUGCACCUACAGAGGCAGACAACAAUUUAGCCACGGCUGAAGCCAACAUGUACGAAGCAGAUGCCGACUCUAUGAUGAAGAAACUCCUACCUAGUGAUGCCGAGGAGUCUAAAACCAAACGAAAACCGAAAGUUGAUAAACAGUGCAUGGCAGCUGAUACUGGAGAGGUUGUAUUUGACAAGGUGAACAAGAUGGCAUAUGACAUCAUUCUCUCUAAGAUAGAAGUGAGGAGCCUACUCAGUGACACAUAUAACUUUUAUAAGAUGCAGAUAAUCUAUCACAAGGUCAAGGCCAUUUAUAUUCUGUUCACAAAGUGGGGUCGUAUAGGAGACACCGGCAUGUACCAGCAGACCCCGUAUCAGACAUUGACGGAGGCUGCCGUCUCAUUUUGUAAAAUAUUCAAGUCGAAAACAGGAAAUGCCUGGUCAGAUAUUAAAAGUUUUGUGAACCAGCCAAAGAAAUACCGUCUUGUACAGUUAGAUAGCCAGCCUGCACCACUUCUCAGGGUUGACUUCAAACUAGAAUCAAGCAUUCCAUCAAAACUGCCAGUGGAUGUGCAGGAUCUGCUCAAAGAAAUGGCAGAUGUUGGUAUGAUGCAGGCAGCUAUGAAGAAUGCCAAGGUGGCCGAGGAAUACAUGCCGUUUGGAAGAAUAAAACGGGAUGUGCUUGUCGAAGCAAGAAAACUUCUACAGAAAAUUGGGGACAUUGUUGUAGAUAUAGAGAAAAAUAAAACAAAUUUGGCAUUUGACCAGUCAGAACAUCAAGCUAAUUGUGAAAAGAUCUCAGCAUUGUCCACAGAGUAUUACAGUCUGAUACCACAAGAAGGCUAUUCAUACGACAAGGUAGAACCGCUGGUGAAUAGAUCUCACAUCACCGCAGAAAUGAGAUUAAUUUCCAACCUGCUAGAUCUCGAAACUGCCAGUAAAAUACUGCUUGGGGCCCAGUAUAAACUCAACGAAUGUAACCCUCUGGACUACAUGUAUCAGGCAAUAGGCUGCUCUAUCACACCACUCAGGGAAGACGAUGUCGAGUCACAGUACAUCCUCAAAUAUAUCAGGAGCUCAACAGAUUUUAACAGUUCAAAAGUACUUUGCAUAUACAAGCUGUGGCGUCCCGGGGAGGACCAGAAAGAAAAGUUCAAGAAGCUCGAUAAUCACAAGAUGUUAUGGCACGGGAGCAAUGUGGCCAACUUUAUGAGUAUUUUACAUAACGGAUUGCUGGUUGCACCACCAGAGGCACCCAUCACUGGACAUGCGUUCGGAGAGGGUAUUUAUUCAGCUGAUACGUUUGCAAAGAGCAACAUGUACUGCCGUAACACUAAUCCGAAAUCUAAUGUCAAGUGUGCAUUACUCUGUGAGGUUGCCCUGGGUAACUGUAAGGAAGAUGUCGACCAAGGUGUUGAGGUGGAUCUAAUUAACUCAGAGUUUAACAGUCUCAAAAUACAUGGAACAAAUGUACCAGACGAACACUGGAAUCUUACACUGCCAUAUGGAGCAGUUAUGCCAAUGGGAUGCACCCAAAAACAGCACAAGUUUAUAUCACCACAAGGCGAGAAGAGGCGUUGGAUACCAUAUACGGAAUACAUCGUACAGGACUCUGAUCAGAUCUGCCUUCGUUAUCUCGUGCAAUUUGUUUGAGUGCUAUAGACGCUAAGUGCUAAAGACUUCACUUGUAUAGAUAGUUUUCUCUUACAUUAGCAUACAUUGGUAUUCAUAGCCAUUAAUUUCUUUACUAUUUCUUUACAUUUUUUUCAGCCGUAAAAAUCAAAUUUUUAGAAUUUUGUAUGAAUUAAAAUGAAAUUAAAUACGAGUUGUACAGAAUUGGAAUUUCAUGCCAAAAUUCAUGUUUGUACAGUGGGUGCAUAUAUUAUUGUAAAUACGUGUCCUGGUCGUGUACAUUUAUAUUGUAAUUUUAGAGCAUAUUUUCUAUGUACUGUGAAUCGUUUAGUGUUGUUGUCUUGGUAAAUGCUGUGUAGAACAGACUGACUUUGCAUGAUUAAUUUAUUUUACGGAAUCUCAGUUGUGCAGUCUCCCACAUUAAAGAAAAAGAAGUUAAAAUUUUGCAUCAAAGAUUUAACCUGGUAUACAUUCUUGACAUCCUGCUUGUGUCUUCUUGAUAAAUAAAGCUAAAAUUUCAGCAAAUUAUUUUCAAUUUAAAACUCCGAAGCACGAAGAAAUGAAGUUUGUACAUAUACAUUUAACAUAAUUUUUCUUCUAAGGGGUAAAAUAGUUGCAAAAUCAUUCUGUUUUACAGUGUUGAAUAUUUGUCAAAAGUGCUUCUUCCUCAUUUUUCCUGAAUAGUGAAUUUACUAUUCUUACAUAGAUUGGUUUACACAUUUGUAAAAAAAAAAAAAGAUAAAAUGAUUUUUUCUCAAAGAGAAAAAAGAUGAAAUUAUUCGUUUUCAAAGAUUCAUAUGAUAUUAGAACAGUCUGUAUGGCAUAUUUCAUGUAAAAACUGACUGUAAUAAAGUAGAUAUUAUAAAUAUUGAAGGCAGCACGCUAAGCACACAGUGAACUUUUUAAGCCAUUCAAAAACAUGCAGCUAUAUACAUUGUGAAUUUUUUUUUUUUUUUUUUACACAGAUUACAAAAUGAGUAAGUCUUUAGUUAUGUGCCAUUGCUUAUACUAAGAUAUGACAUUAAGCGAAAAUUGUACAAGUCAGAAAGUGAACCUCGGCAUAGAAAACCUGAAAUGUGUCCACUGUACAGAAGUUGUUGAUAGCUGUCAUUGACUGAGGUUUUACUGUAACUGUAGAUAAAAUAGUAAUUGUGUCGUCGCUGUAAAUUGAUAGAAAUUGUUGGAAUAAGAUAAUUCAGGUUACAUUGUAGAUAAUUCAUGUCAGUUAUUUUCAGUCAUUUACAUGCAUCUGUAUAAAACAGUUCAUUUGGAAUGUUCUAACUUAGAAGUCGGUAUCAUCUGAAUUACAUUUAGACCUGUGUUUAAAGACCUACUGGCUCCAGUGACCAGAGGUUACUUUUCAGAGUUAAAUAUUUGCAAUGUCAUUUAACCUCUGAUUUAGUAAGAGCUGUAAGUUAAGACCACUUUUUAGCAUUCUCUAGCAUGGUCACUAUUUGAAGGUUUGAUCGUUUAUCAUCUUUCCAUAAAGACAUAGAUACAGGAAAAAUACAUGUGAAUUGUCUGUUUGUGCAGGUUGAAUUUUUUUUUUUGCACAUUUACCUUUUAGCAGUAGUAAAGCACCAAUCGUACUAAGUUGCAAGUGGAUAGCAAAAUGUUAUCUAUGGUUUUGAGGGAUCCAAACAAAGGGGGAAAAAAGAAGAAAAGAGGGCAGGGACAAUAUGAAAUGCUUUAGUGAGCCAUCUUGAGAUAGGGGCACUGUAUGAAUAGUAUUUUCUACAGUAUAUGAUCGUUCUUGCAUCGAUUUUUGACAUCAUUCAUUCUGUUUAUUCUAGGGGCUCAGAACUUGAAGUAGUUUGGUGAAGUGAAGGGUCAUUUUGCAUACUCCUAUAUUUUUGUUACAUUUUUUCCCCUAUCUCUGAUAACAAAGGAGAGGCCUUUCAACAAUAAUAGAAUUAGCAUUCUCUUGGCUACACCCGUUGUAUAAGGGAAAAUGACAUUUUUAUACGCCUUGGCUUACUUGCUUUCUUUCAUAUAGUACUUCAAGGGUAUUUUUUUAUAGCUUAUAGGUAAAUUAUGAUAAUUGCAAUUAGGAUACUCUUUGAAUUCUUGCUAAUGUUCAUAAACUAAAGAAAAAUGGUUUUAUUUAUUUAACUUCUAUGUAUUUUUACAAGCUGGAGAAAAAGUACAAAGUUAUCUCAUAAUCAUGAGGAAAUCGCCUUAUUGACCUUUACCCUGCUGGUGGCCUCCUUGACCUUUACCCACCUUUACCCUGCUGGUGGCCUCCUUGACCUUUACCCUGCUGGUGGCCUCCUUGACCUUUACCCUGUUGGUGGCUUCCUUGACCUUUACCCUGCUGGUGGCAAGUGAUUUUACUUUGCGGCCAGUGCAGACCAAUGUCAGCCUGUGCAGAUGAUCAUGGUCUGCACUGCUCGCUAUUCAGUCAGUAAAUUUUCAGUGACCACCCCUUUUGAAUAAUAAGUGGCACUGCCCAGAUUGAAUGAUGGACCAGUCCAUAUUAGAAAUUAAGCAGGUUUAAGGUUAACAUACUCCAUUUCUAUUCAACAUUGCCAUAGGCUCUUGUAUUAUAGCUGACUCUUUCUCUCUCAGUGUUUUGUAUUGUUUUGUCUCUGUUGGUAGCUUUAUUGUUGAUGUUGUUUAAGCAUGAAAACAGACCACUUUUUAUACAACAGUGCAGCUAAAAUAUUUACAAGACAAGGGCUAUUAUUUCAAGUUACUGGUAUUUGGUAUCUUAUUCUUGGGUAUAAAGAUUAUUGAUAUAUUGAACGAAGUCUGUGAGGAAGUUUUGGUGUAUUCAUGAGAUAAUAAAGCAAGGUCAGAAGAUUUUUAUCCCCACCUCUGAUCACUUUUUGUGUGAAAUUUUGACUCUGGGUGAUAAAUGUAACAAAAUUAAGCAAGUUAUAUUAUUAGUCCUUAUAUAAAUUGCCUGAACAUAGUUUUUGCUAUGUAACCAGUCCUUGUUUACUUUACUGGACUAAUAAAUUGAAACUUUGAAAAUAAAACUGGAUAUCAGUUUUUGAUGUUAUGUACAAAAAAAUAUUUAUUGAAUGCCUUGCAUGUCAUUAGUCAAAAAUACAUUGUUCAGACCUUGGGCAAUAGUUUUGUCUAUAGACUGUUAAGCCAUAAGUAUAGACUAUAACAUAGGUUAAGUGGUUAGUAUUUUAUGAGCCAAAAUAGAAGUACAUAGUCUCCAGACUUGGACUGUACCAGGCAAGAUGAACAAUUACUACCAUUGUGACAAGGUCAUUAGUAAAUUGACCACUCCACACUUUAUGUAGCGUGAAUAAUAUCACAAAAGGGCAUGGCAGCUACAUUUCCAUCACAUUAUUACUGCAACAUAUACACAAGGGCCAAACCAAACUUUUUGACCUGCUGUAGGUAAUGUAUAAAGACGUCAGGCAAACGUUUUUUUUAAAGAUUUUAUUCAAUUUUCUUGGAAAUAAUGCCACAUGAAAAUGGUAUAUUGUCUGUCUUGCAUAGUUUUCUUUUUUUUAUGGCACUUUUCCUUUACAGAUAAUUGCCAUGACUGUAUCUUAGCUUACAGAUUAGGCAAAUAAUCAAACAAAUGUAUGUAAAUUAAUUUACUCACUGAAUGGGAGAUGAAUUUCUGUGGAUUUUCGAAUUUCUGUGGAUUUUCAUAUCCAUUCCAAGAUUCAGAGUUGUUGUAAUUUUGUCAGAGUUUAUUUGAUUUUGUCUGUCAUAGUGCUAUAUAAUAUAUUCUAUGUGCUUUGUUAGUGACUUUUUCAGCGGCUUCAGUAGUUGUUGUUACCUUGUAUGUCAGUUAUUUUGUCUUCUACAAUUGCAGCAUUUUUGUGUUUUAUCAUAUUAACUUUAUAUUACAGUAUCAGAUUUACAUGAAUUUGAUAAAGUUGAAAUUACACUGUAACAUUUGGAUUUAGCAAGUUGGAGUGUAGCAAAACAUCAGCCUGAAGAACAGUUUUAACGCCCAUUAUUCUGACCUUGGAUUUUUCAAGACUGGUCUUUUGAUUUCCAGAAUAUAAUGCAAUAGAAAGAGGACAUUUCAGGUUGUUACCAAGACCAUUCUUGUCUUAGAGCCAAAGUUGAAAAGAAAUGGUUGAACUGGCCUUGUUGAAUUUGCUAAAUCCGAAUGUUAUUGCAUACGAUGUAAAAAUCAUGCUAAUCUUUUGUUAUUUACAACUCAAUUGGGACUUGAUGAAUUUAUUUGUCUCUGGGAUUUGAUUGUAUAAUACUGCAUUGAAAUUUUGUCAUAAUCACGAAAAAUGUUAAAGAUUUGAAAGAAAAUCUUUACAAGUCAGGCUUUCGAUGUAAAUGAGAUGUGAAACCAAAAUUUGUAGUCCUGUUUGGCGCCAUAUAACCUAUACUGUGUUGGUGCGCUGUAAAACCCAAAUAACUAAAUAAAUUUACAAGUCAGGCCACAACUUGUCCAAUUUCAACUUCAACGUUUUAACUUAAGACUUGACCACGAAAUUUCUAUUUGUCUUUAAUAAAUAAAGUUUAUAUUUAUUUUGUCUCUUCGAAAUUGAUCUGUUGGCAAAAUACAAAGGAAGAACAUUUUUCAGAAAAAACAAAUCAAGAUCCUAUCUGGUAUUUCUGGGCUAUUGAUUUUUGGGAGAAGUUGCUUAGAAAUCUUCUGACAAAACUUAUACAUGUGAAAUGCAAAUAUUUUAAAAUUCAAUUAGCAUUGUAAAAAAUCAUAAGAAUAUUCCAUUGUAUUGAAAUUCAUUUUGUAUUUGAAAUAAUCAGUGAAGAUUUUCAUGACCCUACAUUCAGCAUGAAAACACGUCAGAGUUCAUGAUAUUUUUGCAUCAUUCAGUUUUGUAGUAUUUGUCACUGUAUGUCCAUUGAACGAUUAAAUUUAGCAUAUGAUUAUAUUGUAAA